AUGGCGUGUGACGCAGGCAAAUCCGGCAAGGUCACUCGCGCCUGUGUGAACGGGGAAUGGGGUCCUGUGCAAGACAACUGCGUUGAGGCUUUUUGCCCCGAAACACGCGAAGACGUGAUCACCUGGCCGCGAACUCCGAUCGGCUCGUCUGCCAGUCCGUCCUGCCCCAUCGGAAUGACGGGCUCGGUGAGUCGUCAGUGCCAGCAAGACGGCACGUGGAGCGCCACGGAGGGUUUCUGCGACGGAACGCGGUGUGAUGCGACGGGCGAGUGGCCGCAGGGCGCAGGGAACUACGACUACUCGCUGCCCUGCCCGAACGGCAAGCAAGGCCAGCGGAUCCGCGCGUGUCUGCCGUCGGGUGAAUGGUCGGAAGUGUUUGACCAGUGCGAGACGGUGCAGUGCCCCGCGAAUUUGUAUCAAGGCCACUUCUAUGAGGUCACCCAGGCCGGAGAAACCUGCGAACUGAGCUGCGGGGAAGGGUAUCAGGGGUCGAUUCGACGAGCCUGCUCGGCGACAGGGACGUGGGAAGAGCCGGUGAAUGAGUGCGUGCAGAUAAUGUGUCUGAGACAAGUGUUCGAGCUGCCCAGCGGAUCGUACAAUGUGAGCGCCUCCGCGCCCAACUCGACGCCCGAAUUGCCGUGCAAUAGCGGCUACGAAGGCACCGUGACCUUCACCUGCACGUCCUCCCUCACCUGGGACGAGCCGCUGGAGCGCUGCCGUGCGAUGUGGAGGGACGGCCUGACCGAUAGAGCAGACCGGCUGCGGAGCCACGGUGAUUACCGGCGUCGAGGUCGACGAGACGCCCUUCGGAGAGACGGUGGAGGCGAUCUGCCCGGAGGGCUGGAUGGGCGAGUUCAACGCCACGUGCAGUCUGCGUGGCGAGUGGGAGAUCAUCUCUCCGUGCGAGCGAAUCCAGUGCGCGGCGUCGGAGGUUGGCUCGUACAGCUGGCCGCAGACCAACGCAGGCGAGACGGCGUCGCUGUCGUGCGCGGUGAAGGACCCCAAUCUGGAGGGAAGCAUCACGCUGCUGUGCAAUCUGGAGGGCGAGUGGGAAGGAACGCCGCAGGAAGACUGCUCGGAGAAGCAGGGCGGCGUGGAGCCGGGCACGUUUUCCUACGCGAACGCGAUCAUUACGACGAUGAAGCAUCAGCCGAUCGAGUCGCGCAUGCCGACGAUCGCCGAGGGCACGUACAGCUUCGUAGCGAAGCCGUUUUUACCCGCUGGAAUCAAGCUGGACGCGAAGACGGGAGAGAUUAGCGGCACGCCGGUGGUGGAAGUAACGAAGGAAACGACGUACACGAUCAAUGCGAGCAGCGGAACGAGCGAGCUCUCGGCCACGGUCCGCAUCAUGGUGAAUAGCAAUGUGUGCAAUAACGCGGAUGGAGAGCCCGUGAUGUAUGCGGGCCAGACGCGGACGGAGAAGUGCGACUUUUUGGGAAAUAAGAAAACGGAGUGCAAGCUGGAUGACAGCGCGUUGGCUGUGGUUUUGCAGACGGAUGAUGGUCAGUGCACUACAUUCAUUCUUGUUUUUGUUAUUGUGAUCGUUGUUAU